AUGGAGAGCGAAAUAUUUGCGCAAAACAUGCUAGGCAACAAGAUGUCUUCAGCAGUGCAACAAGAUACAUCAAGUGGAAGACUUGUCGGCGGUAUCGAUGGUAUCAAGAAUUCCCCUUCCAGCGUCCCCGAGGCACCUAGGAAGCCAUGGGAACAGGUGUGCUUCGAUCCUGCGCUGAAGCCCGAAGACUAUCAGAUCAAAGGCACGCCAGACGAUUCAACCUUUCUGAUCUUAGAUGUCAACAUCUUUGACUCCACCGGUUCCCCUCCAUACAGUGGUAAUGUCCUUAUUCAAGGAAAUAGAAUUACCCACGUUGGCACUUUUCCAAAAGUUGAUGAAUUGAUUGCAGACCCCAAGGUGAAAGUCGUCCGGGGGCGUGGGAGAACGUUGAUGAGCGGGCUUGGUGAUGCACACACCCAUCUCUCGUGGAAUUCUGGGGACAUUCCCGCCCUUGCAGGGCUAGGGGUUGAAGAACAUACAUUGCUAACGGCAAGGUCGGCACAGACUUACAUCGAUAGUGGUUAUACAAUGUGCCUAGGGGCUGCUUCUGCUCAAGAACGGCUGGAUGUGGUAAUCCGAGAUGCCAUCAAUGCCGGAAAACUGCCGGGGCCUCGAUACUUGGCCAACUGCAAAGAAAUCACCCAUCCCCAGCAGGCCGUAGGUCAGAACGGACUUUCAGUCAUCGCAAAUGGGCCUGAGGAGAUGCGGGCGGUGGUCAAUCGACAUAUCGACCUGGGCGCCGACAGCGUUAAGCUGACCAUGUCCGGGGAAGAGAUCUGUGAGCCGUUGUCUUCGGAGAAAUGCUACUACGAUGAUGAGGAGACGGCAGCUUGUGUGGAAGCGGCACACGGUCGAGGGAAACGGCUUUGUGCUCAUGCGCGAGCUCGAGAUAGCGUCAAGAUGUGCGUCAAGCACGGUGUUGACAUCAUUUUCCAUGCCAGUUGGACCGACGAGGACGGCAUGGACAUGCUAGAAAAGAACAAGCACAAGCACAUGGUGGUGCCAGCGAUCAAUUGGCUUUACGCAACACUGUAUGAAUCCGAGUCGUAUGGCUAUAAGAUGUCGAAAGAGGAGAGAGACGGAUAUGAGAGAGAGUUCGAGAACGCGAAGAAGGUCCUGAGCGAGAUGCAUCAGCGAGGAAUCACUGUGCUACCAGGAGGAGAUUAUGGCUUUGCUUGGACGCCCCAUGGCACGUAUGCCCGUGAUCUUGAGCACUUUGUCAACUGGCUGGGUUUCACUCCCAUGGAAUCUUUGCUCGCUGCUACCGCUGGUGUCGCGAGCAUCUUCAUGAGAGGAGAUGAACUUGGCCAGAUCAAGCCUGGAUAUUUCGCCGAUUGCAUCCUGGUGGACGGGGACCCACUCGAAAACAUCGCCAUCUUGCAAGACCACAGCAAGCUCGAUCUGAUCAUGAUCAAUGGAAGGGUACACAAAGCUUCUCAGAAGGACUUUAUGACUUCUGCCGAACGAAAGGCUAGAGUUACCACAUCUCUAAACGGUCAUAUAACACCAUCCGAAAAACCGACCAACUUUGUCGCCUAUACAGACUCGACCGGCAGAUCACGGAUUGGCCACCUAGACUUAGAAGGCCAUUCAAUCACCCCGCUAAGCAUGCCAUCUGGGGCCCCUCUGAGGACACUUUAUGAAGUGAUCGAGUUGGCUGAAGGUCCGGUGGCUGAUGAAGCACUAAUCCCACUUGAAUCCACAACCCUGCUCCCUCCUCUCAGCGGACGAGACAUUCUGGCCGUCGGGAAAAACUAUGUGGAACACGCCAAAGAAUUCCACAAGAGUGGCUACGACUCGAGUGACAAGAAUGCUCAACCGUCACAUCCCGUCAUCUUCACCAAGAGGAGCACAAGCAUCGUGUCCACGGGAGCUGACAUCGUCCUCGACCCACAUUUCACAUCUACGCUCGAUUACGAAGGUGAGAUUGGUGUCAUCGUUGGCAAGCCAGGGCGACACAUCAACGAGAAAGAUGCGAUGAAUUAUGUUUGGGGCUACACCAUUAUCAACGACGUUACAGCGCGCGAGGUUCAAAGGGAUCACAAACAAUUCUACCUGGGAAAAUCUGGAGACACAUACUGCCCCAUGGGCCCGAUUGCAGUCCCUGCUGCCAGUCUCCCGGACAAACUGCGGGUUGAGACUUUUGUCAACGGUGAGAAGAGACAAGAUGCAACCACGGACGAGUUGAUCUUCUCGGUUGCUCGGUUGAUCUCCACCAUUUCGUUGGGUGAAACUAUUCAAGCAGGCGAUGUCAUUGCCACGGGGACUCCAGCAGGAGUAGGAUUUGGCCAAACGUCACCCACCUUCCUCCAACCGGGCGAUGUGAUCGAAGUCAAGGUCACCGGGCUAGGAACAUUGCGCAACCAAGUUGUUUUGCAGAAGCCGGAACAUUCUCUCUCCGCACGCCCUAGGGUACCUUCAGUGCUGCAGACGUAUAACACCAGCCGAACUCCUGGAGCAUCGGGCCUCACUAGGAUCGACUCGAAGCUGGUGAACGUGGAGAUCUCGGGCGAAGGCGUCGCCAGGUUAAUCUUUGUUCAUGGACUGGGGGGGUCGACCGAGUUCUAUGCACCUUUGCGCAAGACCGCACAUCUCGACCAGACUCACAAAUGCAUAUGCUACGAUAUUGAGGGUCACGGUUUGUCUCCUACGGAGUCCAGCUCCACUAUAUCGAUCCAGAGCUAUGCGGCAGACCUGGCCGCGUUAUUCAAGCACUUCAAAAAUCAGCCGUCAGUGCUUGUGGCUCAUUCGAUGGGAUCCUUGAUUGCGUUGUCGUUCGCUGCCCAGCAUCCCGAGCUGGUGCAGAAACUGAUUCUCUUGGGUCCAGCACGGUACCCGGUGUCUGCAGCCGCGGCAGGAGGGCAGAGUAAGAGAGCAGCAGCAGUGCGAGCGGGUGGGAUGAGAGCAUGUGCAGAAACCGUGGCCAUGAAUGGAACAUCUGAGAAAACAAAAACUACAAAUGUGUCGGCUUACAGCGCUGUGAAAGCGAUUCUAAUGAGCCAGGACCCUGAAGGAUACGCGAAAGCGUGCACGGCGUUGGGGAGGGCGUCGAAUCUAGACAUUGACUUGUCGAAGCUGACCAUGCCAGUGCUGAUUGUCACGGGAGAUGAGGACAAGGUCAGCCCUAUCGCUGCCUGCCAGAUCCUCUCUGAAAAGCUGCCCAACGCAAGACUGGAAGUGAUCAAGGGUAUCGGGCACUGGAGUGUAAUUGAAGACCCGGUUGCGGUGGGGGAUGCUGUUAAGCAAUUUCUAAAUAAAUGA